AUGCUCGAUGAACAUUUUCCAAACUCUUUGAUUGCUCGAUAUUAUGGUGUUAAUGUUGUUCAUUCAAAUGGUGACGUAUGGAGACGACUUAGGCGUAUAUGUAACCCAGCAUUUAAAUCUUUGCCCAUACACUUCUUUAUCGAAACUGGGUUUAAGUUGAUGGAUAUUUUAGAGAAAAUAGACAAUAAACCAAUUGAAGUUAGGAAUCUUAUGCACAGAUUCGCUCUGGAUGUUCUUGGCAAAGCUGCUUUUGGGUUUGAUUUUGACAAUCUUGGAAAGCCGAACAACGUUUAUGUAACAGCAUAUAAUAAAGUUCAAGAAGACAUUAGAAAUCCAUAUUUUAUUUAUUUUCCAAUACUUAAUUGUAUUCCAUUCCUAAAUAAGCAACGUUUUAAAAGAGUAGAGGAAUUGGAUAAUAUAUUGGAUGAAAUUGUUGAAAAGAAACGCGAAGCCUUGGCUAAUGAAAAUACCCCAAAACGGGGAGACCUUUUAGAAUUAAUGUUAAAAGCUUGCGAAGAUCCUGAGAAUCAGAAAUUAACAAAUGUUGAAUUUAGGCAUAAUUUGGGAGUUUUUAUGCUUGCGGGUCAUGAUACAACCGCGAAUUCUUUGGCAACAGUUUUAUAUCUUUUAGCAGCUCAUAAAGAUGUCCAGCGAAAAGCUCGUGAAGAAAUCUUGAGAGUACUUGGUGAUAAUUUAACACCAUCGAUGGAGCAACAAAAAUCAUUAAAAUAUUUAGAUAUGAUUCUUUAUGAAAAUCUUAGAUUAUAUCCACCAAUUGCAAUCUUACCAGCACGUGUAACAACAAAAGACAUAGAAUGCCGUGGUCAUGUAAUUCCAGCUGGCGCAUGUAUCCAAUUAUUUAUAUAUGGAAUACAUCAUUCACCAGAGCUGUGGAAAAACCCAGAAGAGUUUUUACCCGAAAGAUUUGAAAACGAACAGCAUGAACAAGGAGAGUUUGGUUCCUGGUUGGGUUUUGGUGGUGGAUCCAGAAUGUGUCUGGGACAUAACUUUUCGUUUAUUGAGCAAAGAAUUGUGCUAUGCUUGUUAUUACGUAAAUACGAAAUCUCGUUAACACCAAACAGCAUACAUAAAAAUGGGUUAAAAAUUGACGUGGCAUAUUCUGGAACUAUGUCGCCGCUUCCAAUUGAACUUAUAUUCAAAAGAAGAAGUGAAUAA